GAAUGUCACUAGAAAAAUUGCAAAUGGCCGCCGAGUUAUUGACUUAUUAAAAUUUUAGUCAAUUUUUGUAAAAAUUCGGCGAGCUUUCGGUAAGUUUGCAAUAAGAGGCGUGAUAAGUUUAUUCUGUACGUUUGUUUAAACUUGAACAAUGGAUGAGUUGCAAAAUUAUCGUCUGCAACUGCAACAAGUCGAAGCUGCCCUUCUGAGUGACCCCGACAACAAAGAACUGCAAAAACUCAAAGUUGAUUUGGAAGAAGUUAUUGAAUUGUCCCUCGACUUGAAAAACAAAGCUGAUGAGGCCGCAAAUCAGCCCGAGUACACCGAACCAAUUGGGGUACCUGAGGAAGAUGAGAUAACAAAGUCGCUCCUGGCCGUCGAACAGUUCGUUGCUCGUAACAAAUCGAAGAAAAUCUGGCGUAUUGGUGACACCUGUUUGGCCAAAUGGAACGAUAACGGGCAGUAUUACGAAGCCCGAAUUGAUGCAAUCCUCCCGGACGGACAGGUAAAUGUGACUUUUGAAGCUUAUAAGAAUCGGGGGGUUUCUACCUUAGCGGAAAUUAAAGAAUUCACAGGAGCAAAACGCGUCCUGACUGAAGCUGAGCGUUUGAAACGCAUCAAAAUGAUGAAUAAUCGCGAAUAUCUGAAAAAGAAGAAGCUGAAGAAACAACAGAGAUUUAAAGUAUUGGAAGAAGAGAGAGAAGUUGAGAAAAACAAGUGGUUGGCUUUUACGAACAAAGCCGUGAAAAAUAAAAAGAGUGGUCUUACUAAUAAGAGUAUUUUCGCGUCGCCGGACUCUGUGAAUGGACGCGUAGGUAUUGGCACCUGUGGGAUAAGUGGAAAGCCCAUGACUGAGUUUACGACAGCUGAAAAGUGGAGGAAAGGGGUUUAAUUUACUACUACAAGAGAUUGUACACUGACUAGAACUUUAUUCAACUAUUUUUUUUAAUUAAUUAAGAUUAUCAGUUAAUUGUAAAUAAAUGUUUCAUAAGGAA